AUGCGAGUCUUAGAGUAUGAAGAGGAAAGCAAACCGUCCCUCUUCAACCAGCCUACAAUCCUUAGCUCCUGCUUUCAACCUUACUACAACAUGCUCCAGUCAACGCCAGUUAACAUGCUGCACUGUAAAAGAUCUUGUCUAUGGUCAACUCUCCUGCUAGAUUCUGUCUUGAGUGACCGCAUAAUUCCCACCACCGAAUCAAAA